UACUAUUACAUGUAUAUCUGUUCUAUCGGGAGUCACCCAGUGAGUAAGAAGCGUUUAGUGUCGCCGAAAGUCCUGCUUUUUGGCGCAAUUAAGGUCCAUUGUUAUUUACGUUAUAAAAAGCUAGGAGGGAAAGGAACGAAGGAGUAACCGUGUGUUUGUGACUAAUCAAAGUGUGGAUUGUAUUUUGAUUUGAUUAGGUGAACAAUUAAGGUGCAGCCUCACGUCUGAGUUUGGGGAAAAAAUGACAGCCGAUCAGCUUUCAUUUUGGGAUCCAACUGUCAUUUUUACUACAAUAUUUGCCUUGCUGCUAUUCUCCUAUUGGUAUGGAACAACUGGCUUCUCAGUUCUUCAGCGUCUCAAGGUUCCGGGGCCGAAACCUAUUCCAUUCUUUGGGAAUAUUCUCGAUGUUCGCAAGUACGGCAGCGUUCACUUGAUGAUGCUCGAUUAUGCUAAGAAAUACGGAAAGGUCUUCGCUGUUUCGCUCGGAAGAAAACCCUCUCUAGUCGUCGCAGAUCCCGAAAUGCUGAAGAGUGUCAUGGUGAAGGAUUUCACGUCGUUUCACAAUAGAAUGAUGCCAUUACCUCCUCCACCAAUGAAUGCAAAUGUCUUCUCCGCGCGUGACGCGACUUGGAAGCGGAUUCGUAACAUUUUGACGCCAUCGUUUAGCUCCAAGAAAAUGAAACUUAUGGUUCCUCUGAUAGAAGAGUCGUGCGAUGUAUUUCUGAAGGAACUUGAUCAAAUUGCUGACACGGGUAAGAGGAUGAUAGAAUAGAUCAUGAUUGUAGUUCUGACGAUGCAUGAAUCUUAUGAACAACAAAAGCGUUCAUCCCGCGAUGUAUGAUUUAUCGCCACCCUGCCGGUUAUGAUAUUUUUUGUCAAGCUGCCAAUUUUCGUUGUGAAAAAAAGCAAUGCUUAUAUGUUUGCUUAAUUGUGAUUUGCAGAUAACUACAGUGUACUAAAGAUAACGAAAAUCGAUUUGAAAAUGGAAAAUCGAUCUUUAACGGAAGUGUGUGACGCUUUUUAAAUCGAAAGGUGACCAAACGAGCGGGAGCGAACGGCACCUCCCUUCUCAAUGUAAUCCCCCCUUCUUUGGCUGUGGACAAUACUCUAUCUACUAGCUGCCCCCCACCAAAAAGAACAGUCAAGUCCAGUCCAGAUUUUCCAACCGGCUGUGCAGACGUCAUCAACAGAAUUGACGUGAGUCAAGAGAGAAUGAGCUGAUUGACCUGAUCAACCUCGUCACUCUCCAGGGUUUUCUUCUACCCAUAGGAGAGAACCCUGGGAACGAGGUUGUUUCCUGAUUAGUCAUUGAUAUUUGUAGCGGUCUGUCAGUUCCUCUUAUGCAAGUGAAAGCUGGCUUCGUUGCGUUGAUUGAACGACAAUUCAGCAAUGCAUUUCCGUGAUAACAGGAUUGCUGAAUGGGAUGAAUACAUACUGGACUGGACUGGUGGCUCCUUUUGAUUCAUUCUUGUCACUGUAGUAAAUUAUUUGGCGGUAUUGCUACUUUAAAAUUCCUGGCUUUUGCAACCAUUCAAAUGUUCCGACUGUCGUGCCGUAAGUAUUUCACUUUGUUGUCAUGUCCUUAAGAUAAGAUAAGAUAAUUUAUUUAAUGUCAGAUACACAGGGGGUGGUCUCCCAAUCCCCCGAGCCACGGGCUCGUGAUAAAAGUGUUUGACAAUAUAAAAGAAAAAUAAAAUAAUUAAUAUCUCAAUAGCGACUAAUUAAAUUAAAAAAAAAUAACAUCUAUCUAUAAAAAUAAAUCAGGUCAAAGGCAAUUGCUGCAUUGACAGCCGAUAAGUCUCCGAAAGGAUGAUGCAUCGAGUUAAAGUUGAUAUUUGGUAGUUUCCAUGAUAAUAUUCCAAACAUAUUUUUUGUUUUAAUUUCUUUGUAGGAAAGACAGUGAAUGUUAUGGACUGGUUCAGUAAGUUGGCUUUAGAAGUUAUCUUCUCGACUGCUUUUGGCAUCAAAGCAGACGUACAAACCGAUCCAGACGAGAAACUUCUUAAGAAAGUAAGGAGUGCCUUUUCAUUUCCGUUUAUAUUACGCAUCCUUAGUCGCAUUCCCAUCCUUAGUACGUUUCUAAAGCUUUUAUUAAGUCUAAGAUCCAAUAUGGGCUAUUUUGGAAAGGUCGCUUUGGAGAUUAUUCGUCAGCGUCGGGAGACUGGGACCGCGGAACGUCAGGAUCUCAUGCAGCUUAUGCUAAAAGCGCAGCAAGAGUCCACCGUUCAUGGGGUCAGCAAAAUCACUGACGAGGAAAUCGUCGCCCAGUGCAUAGCAUUCCUCCUUGGAGGUCACGAGACCUCGAUGAUAUCACUUUCCACCUCCGCGUACCAUUUGGCUUUAUACCCGGCUGUUCAAGAAAAGCUGCGAAAGUGUAUUUGUGAAUACAUGGAGACGAACCCGAGUUCUUCAUUUUAUGAAAUAUCACAAGGCAUCGAAUACCUUGACUGUGUCAUAAACGAAACGCUGAGGGUGUUCCCGCCGGCGCAUCAACUGAAUCGCGAGUGCACCCAAGAUUGCGUCGUCAACGGUAUUGCAAUCCCCAAACGCAUCGAAAUAAUUAUACCUUUCUAUACUCUUCAUCACGACCCUGAUGCCUGGGAAGACCCGGAGAAGUUUGACCCCGAGCGAUUCCGAAGCCCUGCCAAAGAAAACCGACACCCAUAUCAGUUCAUGCCAUUCGGAGCAGGCCCAAGGGUAUGUCUUGGGAUGAGGCUCGCCCUGAUGGAGGUUAAGAUACUGUUGGUAAAAAUCCUGUUGAAAUACAAGUUUGUGCGAUCACCCGAGACUCAAGUGCCUAUGGCCAUGCAUGCUGGUAAUACCCUGGCUCCAAAAGAUGGGGUUCAUUUGAAGAUCGAGUCUAUUUAGUGUAACAUUAUCGAAAUUCACCAGAAACAUUAAUCCAUCGUAAUCAAAUUUCGCAAGCCUCACGCUAAGGCCAUCUAAGCAGAGAAUUAUAUGGAAAGAUAAUACUUUUUACUCUCUUAGGAAACUGUGUAUUGGUUCUGAAAAACCAUUUUAUGGAGAACAAGAACGCUCUUACAGCCGCGUUCAGUCUGGCUUGCUUGGAGUUUAGAUCGAGAAAUGAGGAGGCGAUUAAUUGUACACGAAACAGGAUUUACUCGCUAAAGAUUUUUACUUCCUACUUUAUCGACGUCGAUACUUUUUAUUUGUUUCUGAAUUGAUUUAGUAGGCAUGUUAGCGACGACCGGAAAUACGUCUGCGGUCGCAGGGUAUACGCGUGUAUUAUUACACGAAAAUUCAAGGGCCUCGAUUCCAGCGAAAUAACAUCAUUACCAGAGGUCAAAAAAGUGAUUUACAUGGCACGUCAUUUCGCGUCAUUUUCCUCCGAAAAUAAACCGCAUGCUCAUCACAAGACCCAUUUGCAUCCAAUGAAAGUUUACACCUCCGGACCAUCGCAGUUUUGCUAAUCAAGAUUCUUUUUACACUUAGUGUUCACUUGUUCCAAAGUAAUCAACGCUUUGAAGCGAUACAAUUCGUCUACCGACAGGUUUCGGAAAAGCUCUAAAUUUAAUCUUUCCUAAGCUUUCUUCACCAAACAUGCUUGGCUUUGAUCACGCAACCAUUCCUAUUCCCAGUUUCCACGGUCUCCGCUAGGAACGCAAGGCAAAAUGACUCCCCAUUUGUGUCAUAAAUACGAAGAAUAACGCGUUAAAGAUUAUGAGUCCUGCUGCUUACGCAAGAGAGACUAAUAAUAAAAAAGUUAUUUGUAUUUGUUUUUUAUAUGACAAGGUACGAUUAGACAAGUUUCGCUAUAAUUAAGCAAGGCCUGAAGGCGAUUUUACAAGGAG